UCUCUAACAUUCAUGGAGUCCCUUCACAGUUACAGAGCCCUCCCACCUUCCAAACCCUUCCAAAACCACCCUAAAACCCUCAAACCCAUCGGUCUCCUCCCAAACUCCAUUCCCAUCAACAAACCCACAACUGCCCACCCUCCCCUUAACCAUCUUCUCAUCUUCAAAACCUCCUCUCCCUCUCCCUCUCCCUCUCCUGCUUUUCUCUCUCAAUUUCCACUAAAACCAGAUAAAAUCCCUCAUCUCCUACUGGGUCUCUCCUCUUUCACUCCUCUUCCUUGCUUUGCUUCUGAAACUGUUGUGUCAGCCAACGACAAGAUCAACUUAGAGUCUAUAGUUGUUUCCAUCGAUGAUUUUUUCAACAGGAACCCCUUUUUUGUCGCUGGGGUUACAUUCAUUUGGCUAGUUGUAGUGCCUCUGACCCAGGAGUAUUUGAAGAAGUUCAAAUUCAUUUCUGCUAUUAAUGCCUUUAGGAAGCUCAGAGAUGACCCUAAUGCUCAGCUUUUGGAUAUCAGGGAUGGGAAGAGCCUGGCCUAUCUGGGUUCUCCCAAUUUGAAGAUUUUGAAUAAGGGAGUGGUUCAGGUUCAGUUUUCUCAAGAUGAUGAAGAUGCGUUUUUGAAGAGCGUGUCCACAAAGUUUGCUGAUCCUAAGAAUACCACUGUCUGUGUUCUCGACAAUUUUGAUGGUAAUUCCAUGAAAGUGGCCGAGUUAUUGUUCAAAAAUGGAUUCAAAGAGGCUUAUGCAAUCAGGGGUGGGAUCAGAGGCAAGAAUGGCUGGCAGGCAAUUCAAGAGAACCUAUUGCCACCAUCAGUACAUAUUUAUCCUAAGAAGAAGGUUAAAAUGUCACGACAGCCUGAGGUAAAUGGAGGCAUUAUUAUUGAAGGUGAAGAUAACUCCAAGGCUUCCUCUUCGGCAAGUGUACCUCUGGAUAGCAGUGAAACAGUUGACAAUGGAUAUGUGAAAAAGCCCAUCAAAUCCACCCCACAGGCAAAACUUGGUUCUAGAUCAUCCUCUCCCUAUCCCAAUUACCCAGAUUUGAAACCGCCAUCUUCCCCAACUCCAGCAAAGCCACGAACCUGAUGGAGCUGAAGCUCAUCUGAUCUUCAGGAAAAGAGAGAUUGUGUAGAAUGGGAUGCCAUUGUUUUUGGAGUAAUAGCAGUCAUGAGGAUCAGAAUUUUGAAUGCAUCUUGUGAUAACCCUUGGAAUGAUCCAAAACUCUGUAAUUCUUGUUCUUUAGGCCAAAGUAUGGAUGUUGAAUUCCUCUACUUCUCUACUCUUUCAUUAUUGAGUACUCAAACUUCUCGGAUAGUUCAUGUGUUAUUCAAUGAGUAUUUACUGGUAAAUUCUACUGUACCUCUUGUACACUGCAAAAAGUAUCGUACAUAGUUUUGUAAAUUGAUCAUAUUGUUUUAGUGGCAUUUUUGCUACCUCAA